GGGUGUGUGGAUAUCUGGGAGCCUAAAGUACUACGAUCUGCCUGUGGAUCACAUUUCCGAGUUCCAAUCAUUAACAAUAUAUCUUGGGGAAGCAUGUCAAACUACCUGCAAAAAGAGCCUCAAGUACUAUUGGCAUCAACUUUGAGUAAUGAAAUACAGCAAUUGCAUCCCCAUUACAGUUUUGAAGAUAUUGAUCAAUUAAUCAGACAAUCAGAAAGUGAUGAGUCAAUAGAUGAUGACUCAGAGACCAGUGAGUCAGACAGUGAUGAGACACAAGAAAACAAAAUAGACUUAUCUGUUGAGGAGGAAAUGUACCACAAAGUACCACUAUCUCACAAUGUGUAUCACCGGGUUUCUUAUACAGGAAAAGAGAUUGUUCUUGUAGUUGGCAAUGAAGCUCAUGGACUAAGUGCUGAUGCUAAAAAGUUUGCUUUCAAACAUUAUGGCCAGUAUGUAUCCAUUCCAUUGGCUAAUGGAGUUGAUAGCCUAAAUAAUGUUGUGGCUGCUUCUAUUUUUAUGUUUGAAAUUCGGAAGCAACUGAAUAGUUCUCGCCAAGUAUAACAUAUUAACUUUGAUUUCAGUAGAUUAGAAAGUGCAGUAUGUAAAAUAUGUUUUAUAUGGAUUGAUGAAAUUUCUGUGAGAAUAUAUUUAAAUAUACCCAAAGCUUAAUUUCACAUU